UGUUGAAACCUGACAGGAAGCCUGACUCUGCCCUUCUUAACAAUUUGACACCACCACACGAGGAGUUAACCUGUAGCUCAGUUUAUAGUUAAUCUUCUCCACACUCCAGCUCUGGGCUUCAAAGUGCAGCGGAGCAGGUUCCUCUCAGGCAGUCUGCAGCUCCUUUCCCCUCAACCGGAGACAAACUUUCCUCUGGAGAUGAAAAUCUCUGUCGUGUCCAAGAAGCUGUGGUGCGUCCACAAGCAGCUGAUUCUGCUGCUCACGCCGCUCAUCUUACUGCCUUUGAUUUUUACUCUGCCCGAAAAGGAGGGAAGAUGUCUCUACGUGGUGGUGCUGAUGGCGACGUUCUGGUGCACGGAGGCCCUUCCUCUUGCCGUCACCGCGAUGCUCCCAGUCUGCCUCUUCCCAACACUGGGAAUCAUUCCGUCGAAAAAGAUCUGCCCUCAGUACUUCCUCGAGACCAAUUUCCUCUUCCUCAGCGGGCUCGUUAUGGCGUCGUCCAUCGAGGAGUGGGGCCUGCAUCGCAGAAUAGCCCUGAAGGUCCUGAGCAUUGUGGGAGUAAAACCAGCCUGGCUCAUAUUUGGAAUGAUGAUGACUUCAGCCUUCUUGUCCAUGUGGCUCAGCAACACGGCCACGACGGCCAUGAUGCUUCCCAUCGCUAACGCCAUCCUGGAGAGUCUGUUUGGAGACCUGGAGACGCUGAAGAAGAACUGCAAGUCCACAGAGGAUUCAGACAGCGAUAUCGUAAAUGGUCAGUGCACCUUAAAGAUGCAUUCGCUGCCCGCCGUGCCCUUGGAAAAACAACUGCUGUCGAUAGACGGGACGGACGGGACGGAGCCGACUGACGUGAGGACGGCUGAGGAGAUCCGAUCUGAGUCGGAGUAUCAGCUGAAGGUGUGGAAAGGAUUCCUGAUCUGUAUUCCUUACGCAGCCAGUAUCGGAGGAACGGCCACGCUCACUGGCACCGCACCGAACCUCAUCCUGAUUGGACAGCUGAAGAGCUACUUUCCAGAAUGUGACCUCAUCAACUUUGGCUCCUGGUUUGCGUUCGCGUUCCCACUCAUGCUUCUCUUCCUGUCUGUGGGAUGGUUGUGGAUUGCUUUUCUCUACGGGGGACUCAACACACGAUUGUGCAUCCAAAGACACGACCGGAGAGCCCAGGCCGAGGCCAGAGCCCAGGCUCUAAUCCAGGACGAUUACAGGAAACUAGGGCCCAUAAAUUUCGCACAGGGAGCCAUCGCUUUCUUCUUUGUAUUGUUCGCUGUUCUCCUCUUCACACGAGAUCCCAAGUUUAUCACCGGCUGGUCUGUGUUUUUUAAAAAAGGGUACGUCUCAGAUGCCGUCACUGGUGUGAUCAUCGUGUCCAUAUUGUUCUUCUUCCCGUCACAGAAACCUUCUCUGAGCUGGUGGUUCGACCCUCAAGCUUCCAACACUCGUUACGUUCCUCUCUUAUCAUGGAAGAAAGCCCAGGACUCUAUUCCCUGGAACAUCAUCCUCCUGCUCGGAGGCGGCUUCGCUAUGGCCAAAGCUUGUGAGGAGUCCGGCCUCGCCUCCUGGAUCGGGGGCCACCUCCAACCUUUGGCCGAGGUCCCCCCCGCCGCAGCUGUGAUGCUGAUCACUGCUUUCCUGGCCUGUUUCACUGAGUUCGCCAGCAACACGGCCACGAUCAUAAUAUUCCUACCCGUCAUUGCUGAACUGGCUAUUCACGUGUCAGUGAACCCUCUGUACUUCAUGAUACCAGCCACAGUAGGAUGCUCAUAUGCCUUCAUGCUGCCCGUGUCCACGCCUCCCAACUCCAUCGCCUUCGCAUCAGGACACCUCAUGGUCAAAGACAUGGUGAAGACUGGCUUCGUCAUGAACAUCCUGGGCAUCCUCUCGGUCUCUCUGGCCGUGAACACGUGGGGCGUCGCCAUGUUCGACCUGCACACGUAUCCGGAAUGGGCUCAUCCCAUCAACAAGUCUGCUGCUGUUUUCGUUCAGGCGCUCAAUGCGACUCUCUGAUCGCUCACAGAGGAGAAGGGUCAGAGGAUUGUGUGAAGAUUCAACACUAAACAGGACUCAAGUCUGUCGGUAGACAUCAACACUGUGUCGCUCUGGGAGCUUCAGCUUUUACCUGUUGUGACGCUUUUACAUACGUUUUUAUAUUCAAGUGUCUUUUUAGGCUCUCGAGUGUCAAGAUUUCAUUCAGAACAAGCUGUAUUGUUUACUGCUUUUUAAAACAGGACCAGAGAAACAUUUAACCUCAACAAAGAUAAAACACCACAACAGCUCGAGCUCUGAAGAGUUCGUUUUUUUAAUAUAUAUAUUUGAAACUCCAGUGUGACUGCAGAGGGCGCUGUUUGUAUUGAUGAAGAAUGAGAGAGGCAUCUGUGAAUAAUUCUUUUAAAAUAUAUAUAUUUUUGGUUGAAAUCACUCACAGAUCACGUUACUUGUUUAUUUGUUGUGUUUUAAAUCUUGUCUAUAUUAGAGGAUGAAUCCUGACUAAUGAACGUGUAAAUUUUGUUACAGAGUGAUUUGCAGGUAAUGCAGUAUAAAUGCUGUUACAAGGAAA